AACCAGGGAGAUGAUGUGCUCUGUCCUAGUCAGAUCUCAUCUAGGGCAAUCUGUCCAAUUCAACACCACAUUUUAAGAAAGACAGUGAUAAGGCGGAAAGUUACCAGAGAAGGGAAACUGAGGAUGAAAACCCUUGACUUCAUGCCAUAUAAAGACUGGUUAGAAUAAAUGACUGAAUGAAGCAUUUAUUAAGCACUAUGUGCAAAGCAUUGUGCUAAACAUUGGGGAUAUAAAUAAAAGCCUAGGUAUUUCUACUGUCCAUCUUCCUUUACUGUGGUUAUUAUGUUGUUGACUUCGAGAACAAUCACAACCAUAGAGUCAUGGCCCUGAGUAUCCAUCUGUUGCCUUGAGUAUGUUCCUACAGCAUGCAGCACUGGUCCAUUCAUCCAGGUGGAGAGGAGGGAUCAACCCAACAAUGUUACCAAGAAAGCAGAAGUCAUCGCUUAUGGCUGAUGAUCUUGCUUACCCUGAUGGUUUCAAGAAAACUGGCAAGCUUACAAAUUAAGUGGAGUUGACAGAGACCCCAGGAAGGGGCUGAGCUUGCUAAAUUACCCACCCCAAACAUUCUUAGUGCUUUCGUGGGCUGUGCUGUUUGAUACCUCCCCCUACUCUGUGAAGAGGAAAAGGAGUUCACACCUCAUACUUGGAGCACAGAAUGUACAGAUUAUAGUGACACCAGCUCUGUCAAAGAGUCUAGCAUGGCUCAACAACACUCCCAAGGCGUGACGGGUCUUCGUAAUCUGGGCAACACAUGCUACAUGAACGCCAUCUUGCAAUGCCUCUGCAGUAUCACGCCCCUGGUGGAAUACUUCCUUUCUGGAAAGUACAUCACUGCUCUUCAAAAGGACUCUGGAGAAGCGGCCACCGCUUUCGCGUAUCUGAUGACAGACAUGUGGCUCGGAGACUCGGACUGCGUCUCGCCAGAAGUGUUUCGGGCAGCCAUCGGAAAAAUCUACCCAGCAUUUCUGAAGAGGACCCAGCAAGAUGCUCAGGAGUUCCUGAUUUAUGUCCUGAACGAACUUCAUGAGGCUUUGAAGAAGUACCGCCGGAAAAAAACACAGGAGAAUGGACUUAGUACAAAAUGCUACAGGAAGGUGGCUUCCAGCGAGUCCUCAAUUAUCACUCGGCUUUUUGAAGGACAGCUUAAUUAUGACAUCGUGUGCUUGAAAUGUGAGAACUGUACCUACAAAAAUGAAGUCUUCACUGUCCUCUCUCUCCCCAUCCCAUCAGAAUGUGAAUGUUCCCUUCAGGAAUGUCUAGGAUGUUUCUUUCAACAAGAUACACUCACCUGGAAUAACCAAAUUCAUUGUGCUUUCUGCGAAUCCAAGCAAGAUGCAGCUGUCAGAGCUAGCAUAGCCAAAGCACCAAAGACAGUUAUUUUUCACUUAAAGAGGUUUGACUGUCAGGGUAGAGUGAAGAGGAAAUUAAGAACAGAUAUCCAUUACCCACUCAACAACUUGGAUCUUUCUCCUUAUAUUUAUCCACUUUUCCGGAAACAUCCUAAAUACAGCCUUUGCGGAGUGGUGAACCACUUUGGUGAUCUAGACGGUGGCCACUACACAGCAUUCUGCAAGAAUACAGUCAACCAGACCUGGUAUAGCUUUGAUGACACCCGAGUUUGUGAGAUUCCAGAUUCUGCAGUUCAGACCGCUGCGGCAUACCUCCUCUUCUACAGCUGUCAGCCCUUUUCUAUACCUACCCCAAAAUGCAAGUGCUAGGAAAAUGAUGUUUUCUGGAAACUGUGAAGCAAGAGAUCACAAAUCACAGUGGUAGCCGUAUGCUUAACAUUAAACCUGUGCAUCUGAUAUGA